AUGGCUAAAUGUCACAUUUGUUUAUUCACACUAAUGUUAGUGCUUUUAAUUUCAUGUUCUACAGAGGCUGGAAUUUCGUCUGGACUUUUGUCAAAGGUGAAGGAUGGUGAUUGUGUGGUUGGGGUGAGAACGUUUCUGAUAAUGUUUGUGUGGAAACAUAAAUUUUCAAACGAAACUUUGACGAAAUUGAUUACUGCUAAAGAUAACGAUUCCAGAAGAAAGUAUUUGGUCGAAUCGUUGCAGGAGAGAGGUUUAACUAUUGGUACCAUACGCGAUUAUACACCUUUUCUUUCGAGUUAUUUCAAAUAUUCUAAUCUUUCACUUUCUCAUGGCCUUUCGAAUAGCAUACUAUCAUCUAGCUAUUUUUCUAUUUACCCACAAGUUGACAUGUGUCAAAGAAGAGAUUAUUUUACGAGAUAUGAUGCCAUUUUGUUAGAUCCCUAUAACUUUGCUUAUUACGUCAGGUUUUACAGAGAUGUUGGGAUGACAUCUGGCAUCUACAUGAACAGUGAUGACUUUGUGGCUGUACCACUCAUUCCCUUCGAAGUCUACACUCAAACUACAAGAAAUCAAGUUUCCUCCUUAUUUGAUUUGAAUGUUGCAAGCUGUGAUGCAAAACCUGACAUUUCUGAUGCGCAGUUUUUGAGAAGGUUGACAGGUUAUGCUAAUUUCUCACAACAAGAUGUUGAAAUAAUUGGUAAUGUUACUGGGAAAUCACAAGUUUAUGGAAAUUGGACACUUGUGAAUAACUUUCUAAAUAUGGAAAUGGCAGAACUUACCAUAAAUGAAACAUGGCAACAAUUACUACCUUCCACAUGCUAUAUGUGUUCAACUGAUGGUUGUUAUGGUGAAAAUUUCUGGCCGGUUCUUGAUCUUUUCAUCAUUCCACAGUUACUAAUUAUAGUAAUUUACUUUUUAUUACUUUUUGGGUUGAAAAUUUACAAAAAACCUUCAAUGAAACGAAGAAUUGGAAUUCCCUAUACCCCAAUUCAUAUCCUGGCUAUCGUGAUUACCUUUACUGGGCUCUCUAGAACUUGUGUUGGCUUUUGGUAUAGUGCAUGUUUGUUUAGUUUCUUUUGGUGGAUAUUGAUCUAUGUCAGUACAAUUAUUCGAUUCUACUAUUUGCGUAAUUUGUAUGCUCUCAUAGUGAUGUUUCCAAAUAGAGAAAAGAUGUUGAAAAUGUUAGCUUCUCAGAAAGUUGGAAUACUCAUGACAGUUAUGUUGACUUUUGUCAUUUCACAAAUAUUGAAUCUAGUCAGUGUUUACUUUUUUGUGAAUGAAGAUAAGGUUGGGGCUGAUUUUUAUAGACCCAUUAUUGGUAUCAUUCUUUUAUUAUCAUUGUGGGUCUUUGGUGGUUGUUGCUUUUUAUUAGAUUUGUUUCUCCAGAGAAAAACUAUUCGAAAGGGUGGCAUUCGAAAGUUUUUCUUCUUUGAUGAUCCAUUCUACUUGAGAAUAGACUUGAUUUCUUCCAUAUUACCUGUCAUUAUUGCAAUAAUUACUGGAAUUGAGGUUUCCUCAAAUGAAGGUAUUGAAGCUCUUUCAAUUUUCACAGGAAUUUUCAAUACCUUACUUUGUUUUAGUUUAGUUCAGAUUAGUGGAGGAAAUGUGCUAAUGAUUGAGAUUUACAAAAUGGUAAAAAGACGAAAGGAAUCUUCACAAUUGACCUGGGAUCAAGAAUUAACAAAUUCAGAUUUACUCCAAAUUUUAAAGGAAUAUUCCGAAAAGGAGUUUAGUUCAGAGAAUUACGAAUUUUAUAUCAAGUUGAAAUCACUUCAGAAUAGAAAAUUUAUCAAGUUGAAGGAAUUGCAAGAAAUAGAAGCUGAAUUUAUUCGAAACUAUUCAAAAUACGAAGUGAAUAUUCCAUCUUCAUGCAAAAAGACUUUUUAUGAACUUUUAAACAAAUGCCAAGAAGAAUCCCAAUUAGAAUUUCAAUUAAUUUGGGAUUGUGUUGCUCCAGAAUUAUUACUCAACCUUCAAGAUACCUUCAAUCGAUUACAAGAUACCUCAAUAUAUGCCAAAUGGCUUUCAGUUCAAUCUUUGAAAGAAAACAAUAAUGUUUAGAACAUUCCAACUCUAUUAAUGGGUUAUUGGCAUAAUAAAUAUGAUAAUAUUUCAAUGAACCAAAUAUCAGAAAGCAUGGGAAACUGAUGAAUAGGUUACUUGUUUGCCCUUUUUGUAAAGUAAUGAAAUAUGGUGAUUUCAAAGAUGGUCUCCUUUCAUCUUUAUUCAAAGAUGUGAAUGUCUAAAGCAUUCUUUUGAACUCUUUUGUUGCAUGGCCAUUCUUGUUUCAAAGUUGGUUUAACUCCUUAAUGCCAAUGUAUAAUAGUAUGGUACCAAGAAAUUGUACAAUACAAAUAAUGGAUCUGUGGUUGGUAUCUUUUUCAAAACUCUCAUCGAGUACCAAAAUCUCUUUUCAUCAGUUCCAAUUUGAUGUCUCUCCACAAUGGCUAACUUCUCUCCUGGAUAAAUGUUACCAUGCUUUGGACUCUUGUAGACAUAUUGGAUGUACUUGUGUGCAUC